UGGGCAGCACUGGCAGGGCCGGGGCAGGGGGGGGCAUUGGCCCCCCUGCCGGGAGCCGGGGGGUCGGGCGUGCCCAGAUGCUGCAUCUCAGAGAUUGCAUCUCUGGGCAUGGGCAGCAGAGCAGCCUGCCCUGUGCCUGUGGUGCGGCAGGAGCACACGGGCAGCUUGCGGCGAUGGUGUGCCUGCUGUGCGCGGGCAGCUCGCCUGCUGCUUCACCUCCCUGCUCCUGCCUACAGCAGAGAUUGUGCUCCCCUCCAUCCUCCUCCUCACUCGAGGGGGUUUUUAGCCCCUGUUUAACUCGGGUGCUCCUGGGUGGUCAACCCUGGGGGCACCAUACAUGCCACCAACCCUGUGUGGCAGGGGCAGCUCGAGCUCAUGGCUGGCAAUUGCCGCUCGCCAUGCACAAGAUGAGCGUUUGGUUGAGUGCUGCCUGCACAAAAUUGUUUUUCUCCCCGCUGCCUCCUGGGAUGUGCGUCAUCGCUGGGCGAGAGAGGCCAUCCUGCAGCGGUCACCCCAUGCAGGCACGUCCCCCCCUGCCCCACCACAGGCACCUCCUGCUCGGAUCCAGGCAGGGAAUCCAUUUGCCAGAUGCUCGAUGGCAUCUCUGGUGCCUGACACUGCCCACCCCCCCACCGAGCCUGAGCCCAGCCCCAUGGCAGCUGGUUUGCAAAUGCUGCCUGGACGUGUCCCCGUGGGAGGGACUGUCCUGCAGGCAGCGCCUGCAACAUGGGGUGACAAUGAACCACAGGAAGCAAUAUAGCGGCUCCGCAGCUGAACUGCAGAGUCAUCACGGCCCAGCUCCCCCGGGACCUGCUGCCAUUGUGGCUUUUCCACACGGGCAGGGCAGGAGGAGGGCAGGCAGCGCAGGCUGGCUGCGGGCACAGGCUAGCUGCUGGCGCCGGCUGCAUGCACCCACAUCCCUGCAGAUGUGGAGCAGCACCCACCACGGCGCGGCUGUGACCGCUGGCUGCUCUGCUACAGCCAGCGCCUGUGGCAAAUGCAGGAUCCAAGUGACACAGUUUAACUGCAGGGCAGUGGCAGAAGCAGAGGCAGUGGCAGAGGCGGCAGUGGCAGUGGCAGGCAGUCCCUGACCCUGGUGCAGGGAGUUGCAGCAGCAGACAGGGACAGACAGACAGUUUGGGGCAUUGCCACCACUUCUGGUGUGGUCCUUCCCGGUGCCUCCUAUGCCUGGUGGUGGGUCUGGCUGCCCCCCUAGGCUCUGCAAGGGGACAGGCACAGGGGGUAGAGGUGGCAUUUCCUUGGGUACUGGGUGACGCUGAGCAAGCAGCAGGCAGCCAGGCAGACCCACGUAGGGAGCAACUGCAAGUUCCCACAGGGACCACGGGCUGGAGUUCCCCGCCUCUGCCCUGCCUGCCUCUGCCCCUCUGCUGCCUGCAGCAGAGCCCAGCACCAGCUGCCUGCAAGCUGCAGGAGCUGCUGUGAGCAUCCGGGUGCCAAGGGGCAGCGCUGGCUUUGGGGGGGCACCUGCAGGGCAGGCGGCUCACCCGCUGUAGAAGGCAGCUGGGCACUGCCAUGCUGCCCUAAGGCAGUGCCAGGACAGGGGUGCUAGUUUGCCUGAGCUGGGAAGACACCUGGGCUGGUCCCCGCUCCCCGGGGCAGCCCAGCACGCAGGAGGGGAAAGCUGUGCGGGGCAGGGUCAGCCACUGGCACGGCAUGUCCCCCUGCAGAGCUCUUGCAUCCCUAUCCCACAGGAUCUGGCCCCUUCCUUUGCCCCCAGCUUUGGGCUGUGCCCAGCCACCCUGUGGGGACCAGGAGCGGUGCCAGCAGCGGUGGGGUUCCAAGCAGAGGCUGCUGCCUCGGGGCUUUAAACCUGCAGGGAUGGGGGGCCGCAGGGAUGGCAGGGCAGGGGAGUGGAGGGAGGCUCUGCCUGCAUUCCUGCCUGCCCUGCCCUGCCUGGCCCUCCUGCCAGGCUCCCAGUAGCACGAUGCAUCCCCCACCGGCUCAGCUCAGCCUGGCUCUGCCUGGGGACGAUGGCGCCGCAUUGCUCUCCCUUGCUGCGUUGGUUGCUUUCUUUUGCAGCUGCUAAUGACUGACCUGAGGUCUGUUCACACACAGUCCCCUGCGUGGCCUCCGCGGCGGAGCAGCCAGACAGGACAGGGGGACAUUGUACGGGACUCGCGUAGCUGGUGACCACAGUGCCACCAGCCCCAGGGGCACAGCCCCAGCUCCUGCCCAUCCAGACCGGCUGUGCCCAGAGGGGAGCCAGGGCUCAGGGAGCUGCCAUCGCCGCCCAUGCACGGAUGCCAGAGCCAGGCCAGCCCCAGCAGAGCAACCCAGUGCCAGCUGCCAUGGGCCGGAGCCACAAGCCCAGCCACCCCUGGGGGACACGGCCGAAGAGACAGCGGUGGUGACAUCUGAGGACACGGGUCUGCGUGUGCAUGCGGUUUUCCUGCAAGGUGCUGGGGUCCCCUUCCCUCCGGCCACUCCAUCCCAGCCAGACCCAGCUCAUGGGUCUCCCCAUGUGCCCUCCCCAGCAAUG